UGGACUUCGCUUCCCCUCUUCCUUGUUCCUUCUUUCCAUCCUGCUACACAAUAUCGACAUUUAUAUUCUUUGCCAACUAAAAACAUAGGGGAUGCCUUCUAAGCAAGCUUUCAAACCUCCAAAGCCUGUUCAGGGCGCCAAGACCGCCGCAGCCACCGGUAAAUCUAGCACGAAAGGAAAACAACCACUUCGUCAGGCAGUCACCACUCAAAAUGCCAAGCAGGCGCUUUCUCAGUCUCAGUCUCAGGCCAUAUCCCAAGCUCAGGGCCCCAAAUCUAAGAACAGCCUUGAGCUUCAGUCUGCUGCUGUCAAACAGGAUCUUUCCACAAUCACGCACCAGGAAAGUUUAGUGAUCAUGAGGACCACGCUGGGGGCUAGUCUGGGAGCGAUUUGUUAUCUUCGACGGCUUCUACCCGAUGACAGCUUCUCAGACACUUACAUGACCGACUCUAUUCCCCUUCCCGGAAAGAGUGCGGAUCAACAGUAUCAGAUGAGUCAACCUGAUCCCAAUGGUUCUCAGCAACCUGGAGGCGGCAAAGGAUUUAAAUAUCCAAGGAUUAGGGGGGAUGGAUCGCCAGAAGGAGCCAAGAUACUGAAGUUCGUUGAAGAAGGGGUCAUGGAUGCGGUUUCCAAAGGCUACCUUCGAUCAUUUAUGUUCAUAAUUUUCCUUGACAAAGAUGAUCCUCAAAAUAUAGUGGAGUCAUACACUUUCAACUUUUUCUACUCUGGACCGUCCAACAUCCCUUCCAUUGACAUGACACACCAGGUCGCAGGUGAGGACUCAUCUACUGAUACACCCGGAAUUGGGGAUCCGAGGACCCAUCAGGAUGUGAGACGAUCCGUCAAAACUUUGAUGAAAACUCUCAUUUUGAGCUGCCAGAAGCUCACUGAUCUUCCACGACAACGAUACGUUGAUUUCAAGCUCUCCUACAACGAGAAUGCGCCAAAAGGUUACGAAGCACCUGGAUUCAGAGAUUGCACGGAGGAUCCAUUGUUCAUGUGCACGUCCGACAAAGAUACAGGGCCUACUGAUGUCACCAUGGGAAAAACUACCACAGGCUCGCAUGGUGUUUCUGUGACUACCCAGUCUAUUGUACAGCUUCUUCCAGCACGUACAGACUCGGAUGAACGGAAAGCUUCGGGAGAGAAAGAUGACCCGGAAAAAGAGCGGGCUGAGCAGUUGGAAGCUGCCGAGAAGAGAAAUGUUGCAUGGAGUGCCGAUUUACCUGUCUAUGACCGAAAAGCAUACGAACAACCUGAUGACAUCUACGAUGUCCUUAAGCGACCUUUGGGUACGCUUCUUGCCGACGGUAAUAUCCUGCCUUUCUCAAUGCCGGAUGCAUCUUCCGCGGAGAAAAAUGUGACUGGGAAGAAGCGAGCUCAUCAAACUUUAGAGGAAGAGAUCAUGGAGCUUUCGCAGGCACAAGUCACUCAGCCACCUGUUUCUCAGACCCGUCGUCGUGCAUCUUCGCGUGCGUCCAUAGCCAGGAGAAGAUCCCAAACGGCUUUUGAUUUUGAUGCUGAUGGAGAAACUGAUUAUUGUGGAAGCAUGGCCAUCAUCCCCCCUGCACCUGCUCAAACCGCUCCCUGCCGCUCAAAAGGAUCCACAUCUGCCAUAUUUGCUGAUCAGAAUAGCUCGGCAUCCGAAGACGGUCCCAAUUCUAAGUCAGCUCCUAAGUCAGCUCCUAUGGCCAUCGAGAAUGACACCGACGAGACCCAGGAAUGUGGAGCCCUACGAUCCAAGUCUGUUAACCAGUUAUCCGAACGUCCGAAGAAAGCCCAGAAGACAAACAACAACUCUAGCCCGGCAGAUACUGACCAGGCUAACAAGGAAAACGCCAACGCCAAGCUUAAGAAGCCCAACAAAUCGGAAACUCCCAAGGCCAAAGCGGACAAGUCACCCAAAUUUGCCUCUUCGUCCAAGUCAAAUUCUAGGUCCAGGCCUUCAGCUACGCCUACCAGUACUCCUCAAAAGCCCAAGGAUUCCACGCCCCGCAAGCGCUCCACUCCCCCCGCUAGAAGGAUGCUUGCUCGCACUGUUGAGGCGGCCAGGACGUCCCCAUUGAAGAAGAAGACUUCAAGGAAGACCGCUUCCCGGACAGAUACCCAUCUGGUGGAGGCUAAUGAGGACAAGAUUAACUGCUUCUGUGGAGCGGACGAUGAGCAAGAUGGGAGUAUGCAGUGUGAUGGAUGCAGAAACUGGGUACAUUGCCCAUGUGUAGGCUUCUCUGAGCUCAAGGCUGCUGCUCAAGUAGAUAAUUGGUACUGCCUUAUCUGUAAGAUGGAGCGUAUAGAGGGACAAAAAUGGACCAAGCUGCAGCUGCAAAGGGCGCGUGAGGGGAUGUCAAAGCUAGCACUCUUUAGACGUGCUCUUUUGACUGUAAGGCAGCAAGGAGGUAUCGGAAAGGCCGGGCCACUGAGGGAUGUUCUUGGAUGCUCGGUAAAUGCCUUGGCUAUUAUUUGCAAGCAGCUUUACUCAGAAGGCUUCAUUGAUGCUCCUUUUGGUUCGCGCAAAAAAAAGGGCGCAUUCUACAAAUGGGUUCAAUUGCCUGAGAUAAACGAACGAUUUUUAGGAUACUUCAAACCUAAUGGUGGUGUAGAAAGGGAGCUUUUCGAGUUUUAUAAGGAUCAAUCAUCAGACCCUAUGGAAGAAGACAACGAAGAGCCCUCCUCGCAGACCACUCAAGUUAAUCCUGACGCGGAUGAAGUCUCGGUUCCAAAGGCACUCACCAGCUCUUUGGCUCCACCCAACACCAUCAAAACGCCCUUCGGAACCUUUAUUCCUAGCUUUGACGGACAGCCUAUUAGUCUUUACAGCGUCCUGGCCAUUCGUAGCAGCCGUGCAGAAUCGCCUAUCGAGCUCCUCGAGGAUUGGUAACUUAUGACGCUGCGGCUGCCAAAAAAUUUAUUGUCAAGUAUGUGAUUUCAAUAAUAUCUUCUGGUGCUGGCAUCUAGGUGUGAAACUGGUAUAGUCUAUGUCAUGAUCUGGCUUUGCAUGCAACCGAUUCGAGCU